AAAUUAUGUAUUUAAUUUAAUUAAAUUUACAAUGUGUGACGAACGUCGAUCAUGGUUUCACGGAAUAAUUAUGUUUUUCUUUAUUUUAUGUUAGCGUGGCCUUCAAGCUCAACGGAUUUAGAUACGCUAGAUGCCGAUUUCAUUAAUGAAGAAAAUUGGAUGUACCGUAAUGUGAAGAGACCAUCAAACGAAGAUUCAUUAUGUCAACAAACGCAUCCCACUAAUAGAGAUAUUAUUAAAAGAAUUCAUGCUAUUCUACCAUUUUUUGACAAAGAUCAUUCGAACAGCGAAUUUCUCCACAAGUUCCGAGCGUCUGUGUACGCGAUGUCAGAGGGGGAGGAUUUGCUGGAUCGGGAAGCGGCAUUCUAUGCAGCUGUUCUAACGCCCCUGGUGUUUCUGCAAAAUUAUAGAGACUCUUGGUGUCUUUUACAACGGUUCCAUCGCGCGUUGCGUCUCUACCAAAUAUCGCAUCCGACCGAGAAGCGCUCCGCUCUCAAGUUACUUCAGAACUUCAGGGCUGUAAAUCAUAAGGUUGUCACCAUUGUGUGGGAGUUGCCUGGACUCUCUUCUUCAAGAACAACAACGGAAGCAUUGGACUUUGGUGUCGAAGAGCUUCACGAAAAAAAGGACAUCAUUUACAUAAAGGAGCUUAUUAAAAACCUUGGCUAA